CCGGUGGUAGCGCCCGGGGCGGGGCUACAGCGCGCGGGCCCCGCGGCCCGGAGAGGUGCAGCCUGCUGUUCUGCCGUGAUAACGGGGCCCAUCCUUGCAGCACCCCAUCACCAUGUUCGGCUCAUCCCGAGGAGGGGUCCGGGGGGGCCAGGACCAGUUCAGCUGGGAAGAUGUCAAGACAGACAAACAGCGCGAGAACUACCUGGGAAACUCCUUGAUGGCACCGGUGGGACGCUGGCAGAAGGGCAAGGACCUGACGUGGUACGCCAAGGGCAAGCAGGAGCCCGCCCCGCUGUCCCGCGAAGAGGAGCUGGCAGCCGUGCGCCUGGCUGAGCAGGAGGCCAUGAUGGCAGCGCUGGGCUACAAGAACGUGAAGAGGCAGCCCACAGGCCUCAGCAAGGAGGACCUGGCUGAGGUGUGCAAGCGGGACAGCGCAGAGCGAGCCGAGGACGUGGAUCGGGUGGUGGGCUUGGGCAGCUCCAGCGGCAGCGCUGGGCGGGUGAUGCUCUCCAAGGAGGACAAGGAGGCAGCCAAGAUGGGGCUCUCUGUCUUCACGCACCAGAAGGUGUGCAGCAGUCCUGAGGCGUCGGGCUCCAAGAGGAAGCAGGACAAGGAGGAGAAGGCAGAGGAGAAGCGGAUGGAGAGCAGCAAGAAAUCCAAAAAGGAGAAGAAGAAAAAGAAAAAGAAGAAACACAAGAAGGAGAAGAAGAAAGACAAACACCACAAGCGGGACACCACCCCAUCAUCCUCCGCCUCCUCUCCCGACCGGGACGAGAGACGCCACCGGAGUAAAGCCCAGGACCGCCCUGCAUCCCACGGCGGCCGUCCCGAGGCAUCGCGGCACCGGCACCGCCGUGACACGGACUCCUCCCAUAGCAGCGGGGCCUCGGGCAGGAGCCCGUCCUCCCGCCGCCGGAGGGCGCGGAGCCGCAGCAGGAGCGGCCAGCGGCACCCGUCCCCGCGGCACAAGGGCAGGAGGAGGAGCAGGAGCCGAUCUCCUCGAUCCCACAGGGCCAGACAGCGUCACGAUACGGAUUCGGGUGACUGAGGGGUUUUCCUGGAAGGGAUGUUCCAUAGGUUAGAUAUUUUUUAAGGUUGUUAUCUAAAUUAAAGUCACAGCUUUACAACUGCCGGGGCUGCUGGCCUCGGUGCAGACUGCUUAUUGCCUGCGUGUUACGAUGUGGACGCUGUGUAACACAGCUCUGUGGGAUCUAUGGCUGUCACCUUCACUUCCCCUAAGUUAAACCUGGGGCAGCAUCAGAAGCAAAAUACAGCAGGUGCUCACUCCAUGGAUCUGUCCUGUCCAGACUGACCUCUGUGGGGUCCAGCAUACAGCUCUGAGCCCCAGACGUCUUUAAUUUGGGGAGACCUGGGUGUGAGCCACCAGCCCAGGCAGGAAGAAGCAGAGAUGCCACAGCAGGGAGCUCUCACAGGGAUGGCAGGGCGACAAGCGUCCCUUUUGGCUGAGAAGUGGCCUCUGGCUAAAAAGGAAAGUGCUGAAAUAAGUCCUUGGCAGACGGAUGGGGCUGCAGCGCCUCCUGCACGUGUAUGCAGAGUGCUGUUCCCAUCUGAAACCUCACGACAGAAAUACGGGUGUUUGUGUGCUCAGCGCAGGGUGCGGGUUUUAAAUCCGUAACGAGCGAUAGCGGUCCACGUGGAACAGGGGACGUCCCGAGCAGCUCCUGCUCAUGGGGCCAACAGCACGGAGCACAAGGGCCGCCUUUGUGUGAGCGGUGAUGCCAUUCCUCCCACUCGAGACAGGGCUGCUCUGUGUGUCUUGGCAGACAAACCCCUCGUGCCGAGGGCUGGUGUCAGUUUGCACUUGGGAGGUUUUCAGGCUCUUCUGUUACCCGAGGGGCUGUGCCACCGCACUGCCUGCAGCCCACGUGGAACAAGGGCUGCAUUCAUUCCAGCGGGAGGAGCUGGAAUAAAGCCCUUCUGUCCGGCUCCCCUCCCGACUGUGGGCAUGUGCUUAACCCAGUUGGUGCGGGCAGCAGAUGUUGCACGGGUUCUUUUUUUUUUCCCUUGAGAUGUUUUUUUGGUUGGGGUUGAUGCUCUGUUAGCAGGACCAUGGCGUGAGUCCUCUUCAUGUGAGCGGCUGCAGCCCUUUGUCCACAUGCGAUCCGGUCGAGUCCAGGCCUUCUCCCUGAGCUCGCUGCCUUCAGGGUCACCUACUGCUGCUUUUUGGGGUCUGGGCAAUGGCUGGUGCUCACUGGGAGCAUCCCAGCACAGGGCAGUGGUGGGAAAGUGGAGCACGGCUGUGCUGCCUGGGAAAAGUUAAUGCAGCUCCAGGCUGUAAAAGGAACUAAAAGUCUGCACCAAUCCCAGGGCCCAGCUUGGGACACUGCUCCCCAGUGCUCUCAUUCAACUUCAUUUCCAAGCAGGGCAGGAUCCUCCCCAGGAGCUGAGCGCUUUGAAGGUGAGGGUCAGAGAAGCCCCCCAAGGCGGCUCACGCCAUCCCAGGCUGCAUCCCCUCCUGCAGUCCCUGCUUCUGCUCCCACCACUGCCACCAGCCCACUUCCAAGUGCUGUCUGAAGAAGGCAUCUAUGCCUACUUCACACCCAUCCUAAGGAGCAAAAGGCUUUGAGAAAAGGCAAAAAGGGGUGUGAAGGAUCCUCGUCCCCACCUCAGGGCUGCGCAGCCAUCCAGCCGCCUCUGCUUUCCUGCCCAAGCUGCUACACAGGUUCCUGCAGACGGAAGGAUGGAUGGCUAAAAUCCCUGCAGGCUUGGCCGAGCCCAGGCCAGAACAAAGCCGGUGCUGCCUCGAGCGGAGGGCUACUCCCACAGCUCACUGAUCCCAGAUAACAUCCCUACGUUCCCCAUCUCUUCCUCCUUCCAGCAUGGGCUGUAUGGCUGGGGCAGGCUGGACAUCACGAACCCUCCCACCAACACACCUCACACAGCAGUCAACCAGCAGGAUCUCUGCUGUCCGUGGUUACAGAGCUGGAGUGCAGCAGAGCGUCGGGGGCUCUGCGCAGUGACAUCAGCAGGAGAGCUGGCCCUGCAGGUUCAGCUCCCUCCCAGAACAAGAAUAAAUAGAUGCCCUGCUCAGCUAGGCACGCACACAGCCUGAUUCACAGCUUGAAAGUCAAGGCGAAACAAACAGCUUGGAAAGAAUAACCUGACUUACAAGGAUUUUGCAAUCCCUUGUCGCUGUUUGCUCAACACUGAUUACUACCAAGACAGGCUGGUCAGAGCGCAGGAGCCCUUGCUGGGAACCUUGAAUAAACCCAAUUGCUGCCUGCAGCAGCCUCAGCUGAACACAGCAGUCAGAAGCAGCUCCCUGAGCCUCUCUCUGCAGCAGGGCAGCCAGCCCCACAAGGAAGCAGUGCUGGAACUCUGGGCCUGUCUGCACACACACACACACAAUGCAUCCUUCAGAUGAGGCAGCUGCUUGGAAACAAAACCCAGGGAGCGAGGGCAAGUGGAAUCUGUGCAACAGAUGAGGAGCUCGAUGGAAGACCAUCUCGAUUCACUCUGAGAAAAGCAGUGCCAGCUCAGCAGCCCACGAGCUCAGCACCCACAGCUUCAGGAGGGCAGAUUUCACCCCCAGGAGCGCAUCGCUCACAAAGCUAUGGUGAAAGAUGUGGCUAUGCAGGAAGCUGAUGGACGCCUUAAGGGAGGACAGGGACUGAAGAGAUGAACAGAAGGACACAGUGCAAGUUUCAUGAAACUUUUUAUUCAACAAGUAUUUCAUUAUGAUUUUGCCAAGAUGAUCAAAUGAACAGCAAGGCAUAAAAAACAUGAAAUAGUUAAGAGAUUUUAUUCUAAUAGCUUUAAUUACAGUGCUUGUUUGUCGAAAUGAAAACUGAAAACAAGUAUACAAAACAGUUGAUUACUAAUCGUGUAUUGAAAGCAAUAAAGGUUUCCACAACACUAAACAAACCAGUUCUGAUAGUUCCUCAAGUUAAAGUUGAACAGCUCCAGCUUCUUCAGUGUUUAUCAAAAUACAAAAGAAAAGUAAAGAGGUCUUUUUUCUGAUGGCAAAUCUGAACCUUGCAGUAUGAGGGAUGCCAAGGGUUUUCACACAUAUACAGAUAUGGGAUUGUUCCAAAAUGGGAUUGAAUACUUCUAGAGUGGAAUGACUCUCCUAACUCUCAUGCUUUUUUUAUUCCCCUAGACACUAUACAUAGAUGUUUGGUGUUUUUCAUGGCAAUUCUUACUUAAGUACAGUACUUUCUGACUAUAGAGCUUAGGACUGGUACAGGCUGUGCUUUCUGUAGAAAAGUUUGCCUUCUGGAGUGGUUUACACACAAAAGUACAAAACACUUUUGACAAAUACAACAGGCUAAAAAUGUGACUUCCAGAAAUGAUUCAAGCUCAGUGGAUGUGACCAGUCUCACCUGAACCAAAAGGCAGAGGUUUAGCUUGAGUCUGCCAACUCAUCUAAACCAGGUCUGACAAAUCUUGGAGCAAGUAUGAACAAACGUGAGCUACAGAAAGAGCCAGAGAUCUGUAAGUUACGACCUGUGUUCUAACCCAACGGAGCCAACCUGGUGUCAACUGCUGCUUCAGUUUCCCAAGGAUCAGGAACCACCACGUCAGAGCUAGAACAGCAGAAGCUAUGGCAAACCUUUGUGUCUUGAAGUGUUUUUACUUUUCCUCGACUAUUAAAAAAAAAAAACAACAAAACAAAA